CAGACAAGGAAUAGCAGGACACAGAAGUAAGCGACUCCCAUCUCCGGCGCCGGUGGACAAGGUAAACCAUCUGAAGCUAGAAGACGGUGGCGGCGAUAAAGCCCAUCAUCUCGUCAGUCUGCCUUUUCGAAUACUUCACAGUGCAGAGGUUUUCCAGGACUUGCAUGAUGUGGAGUUGAAUUGGAGCUGCCAUAUGUAACAGAUUUGAAGCUCUUUGUAUUCCCUGACAAAUUGUUUAGGGCUCUGCAAAUAAUUGUCAGAAGAAUUAUUGUAUUGCAAUGGCAGCUUCUGCAAAGACUCACGUUGCUGAAGGUACAUUAAAUGGAGACUGGACAGUUGUUUCAUCUCGUCGGGGAAGACAAAGAAGAAAUCCUCCCAUACUGAAAAGUCUUGUAGAGAAACAGCAACAACAACAAACUUGGGCUCCAACUGAUGUUGACAUCAAUUUUGUUCGAGAGUCAAAACUGAUGCAGAAGAUACAGAUCUGUCUGAAGAAAUUGGAGCUUUCUCAAUUCUUUCUUAAGCUGCUGGAUCAAAUGCAAACUCCAGAGAUGAUGAAUUUCUUCCAUAGGGUUUUAAGUUCCGAGUUAAAGAUGAAGAUGGUAAUAUACGGCAUAGGCAGCAUUGAAUCUUAUGAAUCCCCUCGGUUGCAGUUGAGCCUUGCCAUCUUGCUGAAGAGAAGGUUCAAUUGGAUUGGAGAUAUAGAGGUGUUUGAUCCUAUUCUUUCUUCCACAGAAUCUCGUGUUCUGGAAGCUCUUGGUUGCUCUGUGUUAUCUAUUAAUGAACAAGGUCGGCGUGAGGCUCAAAAAGCAACGAUGUUUUUCAUGCCACAUUGUGAGGCUGAAUUAUAUGACAAUCUUUUACAAACAAAUUGGAGAGUGCAGCAGUUGAAUUGUAUAGUUUUGUUUGGGAAUAGCUUUCAGACAUAUGAGCAUCAUCUGUUAGAGUUCAAGAACUCGGCUAUUAUUUACUCCACCAAGUAUAUCCUGGCUGCUCGAAGAUUUAUAAAUGAGUUCAAUAUUGAGACAGUUUCAGAUGAUUAUUUUGGUGCUUUUCAUGAUUCAAGUUGGCAGUUUUUCAGCCCUGUCCUUGAAACAGAGCUUCAGCUGAGCAAUUGCUGAUCACGAAUUCCUGUUGGGUUCGAGUCUACGAGAUAUUUUUUUGAUGAUUGAAACGUAUUAUUCUUUUCCUACAAACAUAAGCUAUUAUUAUGGUGUAGUGUGUGCACCUGUUGAAAAUAUGCCAUAUACCUUUAAGUACUUGACUAUUUAUGAUUAUUUAUCUCUUUUUUUCAGAAAUGUUCAGCUUUGCAUUAUUGUAAGUCCUUAAGCAAUCUGAAGAUGAUGGCAAUUGCCCUCCAUUAAUUGAGGUAUUUGAUUUUCAUCAUUUUGUUAAGUGGAGAGGACUUUUCUUUUGAGAAUUAUUGAUGAUGUAAAUGCAGGAAAAUUGUUGAGAUUCAACGAGUUUA